GGGCAGUAAACAUGGCGGCCGACGGAGCCCUUGUGUGCAUUCAAUCUUGAAACUCUGAAUUUUUAUGUUCAGGACAAGAGGAGGAAACACGGUUUUCUGCUAUUUACAUAUCUACGGGCGCCUGUGAAGGUUGCUGCGCUCUCCGCGCUGUUUUCUGGUUUAAAAGGGUGAAGGAGAAUCUCUGCAAAGAUGGGGAGACGUUCAACCUCCUCCACCAAGAGUGGGAAAUUCAUGAAUCCCACCGACCAGGCCAGAAAGGAGGCCAGGAAGAGGGAGUUGAAAAAGAACAAGAAGCAGAGGAUGAUGGUGAGAGCAGCGGUGCUGAAGAUGAAGGACCCCCGACAGAUCAUCAGAGACAUGGAGAAGCUGGAUGAAAUGGAGUUUAACCCUGUUCAGCAGCCCUUGCUGAAUGAGAAGGUAUUAAGAGACAAGAGGAAGAAGUUACGCGAGACAUUUGAACGCAUCAUCCGCCUCUACGAGCGAGAGAAUCCUGACACCUACAAGGAGCUGCGCAAACUGGAACUGGACUAUGAGACCAAACGAGGGCAGCUGGCCCUUUAUUUUGAUUCAGUCAAGAAUGCUGAAUCAGUGGAGGUUGAUAGUAUCCCUUUACCUGACAUGCCUCACGCCCCGUCCAACAUCCUCAUCCAGGACAUCCCAUUGCCGGGGGCUCAGCCUCCUUCUAUUUUAAAGAAGAACUCCACUUUUGGAAAAGGAGCUUUGACCGCAUCGUCUAGACCGGCUGUGAUAACAGUGCCAGGUGUCCCACGCUUGCCUCCGGGGAGGAAGCCCCCGGGGCCUCCACCCGGCCCCCCACCUCCACAGGUCCUGGCGCUGUACGGGAUUCCUGCUCGACGAACUUUUGGUUCAGAUGCAGAGCCUUCCAUUCCUGGUUUGGAACGUGAGCUAGGAAUGGAUUUUGGAAGAGACCGGGACAGUGGUAGUGACAGCGACAGAGAUCGGGACGAUGUGGAUGAUGACGAUGACAGUGACUCUCAGGAGGACAGUGAAGAAGAAAGAGAGGAAGGAGCCGAUGCCAAACUGAGAGCACGUGUAGACGAUAAGAGAGAAGAUGACAGAAAUGAAAGACAUUCAAGUCGUAGUGUACGUUUUGCAGACAUGCCUGCAGAAGCAGGACAAGAUGGAAAAAGAAAGAAAAAAAGACUUGUGAAGAAGACCAAGGCCAUUACUCCUCUGCAGGCUAUGAUGUUAAGGAUGGCAGGUCAGUCUAUUCCCGAGGAGGAGGAAGAGGAGGUGGAAGAAGAGUACACGGAUGAAUCUGACACCUCUGACACUGAGGACAAAGGGCCACCGGGCGACACUCAGGCCAGUGUUAUGGCCAGCCAGCGUAUGCCCCCUCCGGCUGGGCCUGUGGUCCAGCAAGGACCUCCACCUUUGCAAGGUCCUCCAAUGACCGGGCCUCCCCCGAUGGGUCCACCCCCAGGUCCUCCCAUGAGGCCUCCUGGUCCUCCCUCGGGCCCGCCCCCUGGUCCCCCACCAGGUGCUCCUCCAUUCCUGAGGCCUCCUGGUAUGCCUGCAGGAAUAAGGGGUCCAGUGCCUCGUCUUCUUCCUCCUGGUCCUCCACCCGGUCGACCACCUGGUCCUCCACCAGGUCCCCCUCCCGGCCUCCCGCCAGGCCCUCCCCCACGGGGACCUCCUCCAAGGCUGCCCCCUCCUGCACCUCCAGGUAUCCCACCUCCUCCGCCGAGAGCAGGGGGCCCUCCACGCCCUCUCGCUCCACCACUCUCCCUGUUUCCUCCACCCAUCAACUCCAAUGUGCUCAGUGCUCCACCCAGCAUUGUCCAGAGGCAGAAAGGCCCGGGAUCCGGUCCCGAUGUUUCUCAGAACAGCAUGCCACCCCCAGCCAUACCCAUGCGACCGGGUGUCAUGCAGAUGCCUCCUCCCCCCGGAACGGCAGCUGCGAAUCCCGCCACCAUCGAGAAGCGCGCCAACAUCACUUCUGUCACAGCUGCUGGAGGCGGCUUGGCAGCAGGUGGAGCCGGUGGCGCUACCAUCUCUGCCAAACCUCAAAUUAUCAAUCCCAAAGCAGAAGUCACCCGCUUUGUGCCCACGGCACUGAGGGUACGAAGGGACAAGAUGCCAGGACCGACUGCUGGGUCCCUGGAGAAAGCAGGGGGAGGAAGGAGGGGAGAUGACGGUUUGGGACCGGGCCAGUGGCAGAAACAGCAAGCAGCUGCAACCACGAUGGGAUUGCCCAACGCAGUCCAAAUGGGUGCCGUGUCCCAGUCUAACAUGAAGACUAAAGACCAGGUUUAUGAAGCCUUUAUGAGAGAAAUGGAGGGACUCCUCUGAGACUGAGAAUGUCGCUGGAUGUAAUGGUUUUCCAUGGGGCUCUGUGAAUAACGAGUAUAUUCCUUAUGUGUUUUAUGUGCCGAGUUAUAGAAGUAGCAGUUUUCAGUUUCUCUCUAGCAAAGGACAGGCUGCUACACCUUCAACACUGGCUUCAGCUGGCUUUUCUACAUUUGUGUCAGGCUGCUUUUUUUCACAGAAAAUGUGAAUUUGAAAAAGGUAAAUGUCAGUAUAUAUGUUAAUUAAAAAAUGUUUAAUUGGCCGAUGUUUCUCAAGAAGACUGAACACUAUGCUCUGUGCAGAAGUGUGUUGUGGGUGUUUUUUUUUAUAUAUAUAACUCAGCAACCCUGUUUUUUUUCUUCAACCAAACUGUAUGUCACUAGGCCAUAAAAAGCAUUCAGUGUUUGUUUUUUUUCGGUGACAUAUUUAGAUUAUCAAAUAAAAUAUAAAUGAAAACAGCAUUUAGAAUGUUUUCUUGAGCAGAGAAAAAUCCAUGUUUGAGACUGGUGGAUCCGAAAUAAAUACUUCAAUUUUUGUAACUUUA